CCUCCCUGCUUUUCUCCUCUGUAAGGUUGUUUUCUCCGUUACAGAAACAAAACUCAACUAACUUCAGUCAUGGAAGGAGCACCAAACCCCUCAAAGAAGCCUUCUGGAGAUAAGCAGAAUGUGACUUCAUGGAGCAGUGGAAGUCAAGGAAAAGAUUAUGGGCAAAAACAUGAGCAAGACCAUGGCAAGCAGCAAGGACACGGACAGCACCAGGGAAAAGAUCAGGGCAGUGUGCAACAGGGUAGUAAUCAGCAAAGCCAAGCUAGUGGUCAACAAGGUCAAUGCGGAGGUCAACAGAGCCAAGGAAGUGAGCAGCAAGGCCAGUGUGGUGGGCAGCAGAACCAAGGAAGUGGGCAGCAGAGCCAAGGAAGUGGGCAGCAGAGCCAAGGAAGUGGGCAGCAGAGCCAAGGAAGUAGACAGCAGAGCCAAGGAAGUGGGCAGCAGAGCCAAGUAAGUGGGCAACAGAGCCAAGGAAGUGUGCAGCAGAGCCAAGGAAGUGGGCAACAGAGCCAAGGAAGUGUGCAGCAAGGCAAAUAUCUUGGGCAUCAGAGCCAAGGAAGUGGGCAGCAGAGCCAAGUAAGUGGGCAGCAGAGCCAAGGAAGUGGGCAACAGAGCCAAGGAAGUGUGCAGCAAGGCCAACAAAGUGGAGAUCUGUGCCAUGGUAGUGGACAGCAGAGCAGUGGAUGUGGACAGAAGAGUGACAAGGAAUCACAAGGUUGUGGGCAACAAGGAGGAGAUCAAACCAGCGGGCAGCAAGGCGGUGAAUGUCAACAGGGAGGGCAAGAUAAAAAUAAGGCACGUGGUAGUGAUGCUUCUUAUAACUUCAGACAAGCAAAAGAAAAAUAA